AUGGUGCUAAAACAGCCGAAGCUGCCGCCAAGGGAUAGUGCAUCAACGCCCGCCGCAGGUUUGCAAUCUUAUUUCCUCCAAAUUAGUGUAUUUUAGAGAAUCGGGGUUUAAACUUUUUUUGCAAUGAAAUUCUCAAUCGUACCCAGGGUUCAGGGGGUAAGUUUUGUCGUGUAUUAAUUUUUCCCAGCCAUCUCCAUCCUGGAGUUUAACAAGGAAGGCACUCAUCUCGCAUACGGAAACUCUGAUGGAAUUUUGAGCAUUCUGGAGUUAGGACAAAGUGUAAUUUCUUCUCUUUUUUCUGCUGAUUCUUGCAGAAAUCUGACAAUGGCUAUUCAACCCAUGUGUGUUCCAAGCCCUAUCAGUCCUUCCUCAGUCAUGAACCGGAGUUUGACUGUCUAAAAUCACAAUCAAUCGAAGAAAAGCUAACUUUCAUUCGAUGGCUUAAUCGGUGUGGUCCUUCACACUUUCUACUUUCCGCAAAUGGUAUGUUUUCAGGCUUGUUGGUUUUCUCUGAUCCUUCAUACUUAUCUUUGUAGAGCGGACCAUUAAACUUUGGCGUGUUACUGAGGUCGCGCUUCGUGAGAUGACAAACAUGAAUUUUCCAACUGAAUCUGGUUCAAGAAGAAAGGUCGUUAUUCGUUCUAAUUCGGACUUGAAAGUUCCGUUGUGGACUGUGCAGUCCGAGAAUAAAGUUGUCCGUGUUUAUAACAAGAAAGUCUUUGCCCGCGGCCACGGGUUCUCUCUUACAGGGCUUUCUACAUUUUCCGAUCAGGAAACAUUUUUGUCGUCUGAUCCGUUGAGGAUAAAUCUAUGGCAUUACGACAUUGACUCGGAGGCAUUCAGUAUCCUUUUUCAAAUACUAACCGUUGCUAAUUCCAUGUCCCUUUUCGCAGGACCAGUCUUUGUAAAAGUGACCGACUUAAAUGUUUUUGCAGAUCGUAGUAGCUUAGUAGCUUGCCCACUCCCAAGGCCCGCAACAUAAUUAACCUGUGCUGCUCUAUUGCCAUCUAAGCAUUUUGUUACCCUUGUCACUUCAAUGUUACGUUGUUGAAUACUGCCGAACCCAGAAUCCCCUAUGUCAGUCUCACCUGCAUGUGUCCAUGUGGUCGCACUCAGACAGGGAUUCAUAAAUGUAACGUUACAACUAAGCUCUCUUUCAUGUCGAUAAGGUUCUCUUCCCUAGUUAUUUAAGAUGGUGAUCUUUUACUGAACUGUCAGUACGUGUCGCCAGUCGAUGGUGUACUUCCAAUGUCAUAAUAUAAUCUGUGAUCCCCAGCUGCAUUAUUCGCCGUGGUCGCGAGUUGCAAACGCUUCGAUCCUUUCCAGAACAACUGCACCUAGGGGAGUAUUUUCUGGACGGCUCUGACCUAAGUUUUAUAUUCGGUUCUGUCUUCUGCUUAACUUCGUUACCAGACCACGGAUACUUCCUGUGCCGGUGUAACGUUUGCACAUAAGGGAUUUGAGACUGCUUUUUUCUAUAUGGCGCAGGAAAACUGAGAUAGACAAAGUAGUUAAUGGCGUUGAGACCACUACCGCGCACGAGGGAGAGAUUUCCUGCGGUGUGCAACUAUCCAACCACACGUAACCUGUUCGCUCGACUUCAUUGCGCGUUUUUGGGAGAAGAUAACAAUGCGAAAUAAUAAGUGCCAGGUAAGCAUUGUAAAGACAACUUUUACAGAAGCUACAACGGUGCUCUGCAGGAAUGGCAUGCCGAGCGACGCCAACGUAGUAGUUCGCAUAGUGAUGUGAGAGAUACACUUGUCUUCAUUCUUGCGGUUUGACUGACUGCUCGGUUGUUUCAAGUAAUCCUGAAAAAGCGGGCAAUCCUUUCGUAUCACCGAAAGUUUCGGAUCGUCGCCAUCCAAGUAUACGUCACGAUUACCUCUUAACUAGGACCACAUGACUGGCACUGGCAUCCAUAGUACUACAGAAUACGAGGGAGACCUCUAGAAAGUUGGUGAACCUUCUGCAGGAGACAUUGCCUUAUUGCGCCAUCGACUUUCAUACUAUGUGGCCUGAAAUAGUGUCUAGUCUGCUGAAAUGGAGUUUAUGCUGUCCUAAUCACAAACGUUGGUUUGCCCGACCUUUCUUUUUGCGGAUACUAAUUUUUUUAUGUCUCAUGCUACCUUGUUUUACCUUCACUUGGAACCCUUGAUGCGAUUAAAAUCCCACGUUCAUGUGAGGAUAUCGUCAAACUUGUGGAAGAUAUGCAGACCAUAGAUGAUUUUUUUCCUUGAUCGUGUUUUCUGCUAUGUGCGAAGCUCAUAGUAACUCGCAGAUUCUUUCUUAAGUGGUCACUCCGACUUUAUUUAUGUCAUGGCUCUACACCAUGGUUGUCGAACCGUAAGCUCAUGAACUUCGUAAGCCCUUAGUUUUCAUAUGUUUCAUCCUUCAUCGAGUUCAAUUGCUUUUGGAUAUCCGGGAUUCGGUUGCGAAAGUCACACAUGUUGACGCUGUCUAUUUUAACGAAACCACCCAUCCACCGGUGGCGUAAAAGGCACCUAGCGAACGUCCGCCUCAAGGACCGUGUCGCCUGUUAGUUACUAAGACCCGCCCCCUCUUCUUUAUACCCUUCAUUUGUCAGUAACAUUUUAUAAUGCAAAUUCUCGAUGACAUACUUUCACAGCCGACGGCCGGCAUCCUCUUAUCGUUGUUCCAAUCGUCAUGCUUUUGCUCACAUCGCCAUUGAUUCAUUUGCAAUGGUUUUUAAGUACUCAUCCGAUUUUAUCAGUAGUGUUUAAGCCAAAUUAUUCCUUAACUCCUGUCAACACAGCCAUUGUGGAUUUAAUGCCGGAGCGCAUUGAAGAUAUUACGCAUCUAAUAACCAGUCUCACAACCUCCCCAAGAACUCCCUCUCUCUUUGCUUACAGCACGAAUAGGGGGUCCAUUCGUGUCUGCGAUUUACGAGCCGCUGCCCGAUGUGAUCAGCCAGCGAUAUGUAUGUUAUUUUCCUAGUUUCAGUGUCUUUGCAGCUGUGGACAAUCUUCCUUCAUCAGAACAAAACAUGGUUUUGAUCCUCCUGAACUCCAUUGCUGACGUGAAAUUUCUUAAUACCUCUGAUCGCCACCUCGUUUCACGCGACUUUAUGUCUGUGAAAGGUAUACAACUUUCCCAACUUUGACGUUUUUUAAGUCUGGGACCUUGCAAUGCCAUCAGCUCCAGUUGAAGUAUAUGCCGUCCAGUCACACCUCCGGCCUUAUCUAAAUAGCAUAUGUGAGACAGAGCUGCUUUUUGAUGACUUCAAGUUAUCCCUUUCAUCGGAUGAUCGGUAAUGUCUUCAACAUUGGCCCUAAUAUUGAUUUUUAGUUACAUUUUUACUGGCUCCUACCAGGAUGAAGUACGCAUUAUCGAUCGAUCUAUGUCGGGUGCUGGAUCUUACAAACUGAAAAUGGAAUGCGAUGAUUCACCUUUUUAUUCAAACUUUUACAACCAGGCGGACCUGGGUGCCUCCUCACCUGACUCUGCGCCUUGGCCCCGUCCACUGACCUCGGAGUUGAUACAAGCUCCCGAGGAGGACAUAGAGGGAAAUUUCCCAAUAACUUCACUCUUCUCUCCAACGAAUGUCAAGAAGUGGAUAAGCGUGUCUUGGUGUCCGAACUCUCUGGUUGCUGCGACCUGUCAUGCUGAUGCUAUUCACAUCAUUGAGGGGGUCGAAAAUGAGGCCCGCUUGUGA